GACCAUUUGAUUCUUGGCAUUAAAGAAGCUAAGCGAUGGAAGGAGGAUUUUUUCUUUGUUCCUUUUGAUGCUCUAGGAUUAUCGGUUGAUCGUGGGAUUCCCCAUUCGUGGUCUCCUGCUAGUGAGUGUCAUAGUUUUGGUGUUGAAUUACGCCCUUAUUUGUUAUGGUUUAUUGAUGCAUGCCUAACUGGUUGAUUUGUCUUCUUUGUAGGUAGGAUUGGCCUUCCAUUUAGUUGGGUGUGUGGGCAGGCGCCAGGGAGAGUUGAUCAAGUUCUUCGAAUUGCGGAGGAGGAGCGCUAUUGGAACGUUCUAUUGUCUGAUUCUUCUCUUCGAGACAGCACUUUGUGGGAUCACGUUCCCCGUCAACCCGAAGAUCGAUUCAUGGCCCAAUCUUCUUUCACUCUUCCUCUGGCUGGUGACGGUGCUAUGGAACGUUUACGCUCACGCAAACAGAAGACUAGGACGACUCCUAGUGUUGAGAAGGAGGUUGUUACUACUGUUGCUCCUUCUUGUCCUUCUGCGAGGGCUCAGAAGAAGAAUAACAAGAGACCGUCUCCGGUUGAGUCGACCGAUUGGUUGAGUAAUACAAUUGAUCUUUCUUUUCCAUCUUCAGCGGCUGCACAUUCUGAGUUUGGCCUACACCUUGGUGAGGCCAGUAAGCUAUUAUUUCCAGAGGAUCGAGCUCGUUUUGAGAACAUCGGAGAAAUAGCUUCCAUGGAGUUGUCCAUCUCUCGCUCCUUUCAGGGUAUGCAAGGACUUAUGUACGCCUUGGAUAAGAUUAAGAACAUGAAGGAGCAAAUGAAGGACAUGAGGACUGAGCGUGAUACUUUGCGCGGGGAGAUUAAGGAGCUAAAGAGCUGCAAGAAAGAGCUUGACCGUGUCAGAGAAGAGUUACGAACUCAACUUGAUGCUAAGGAGCAAGAUUCUAAUCGUUUGAAGUCUGCCUUGGCUGAUCUUGCUACUGCCCAAGCUCGUGUGGACAUGUUGGAAGGUCGGUUAGUCGAAAUUGGACUGGAGGCUGAGAUCCAGUGUCGUGGAAAGAUGGCGAUGGAGUAUCGAGACAACAAGGCCGAGUCUUGGGACAUACCCCAGUACAUUGCUGACUAUGAAGAAUUGCUGCGGAUGAGGGCCGAGGAAGACGCUCGAACUAGCCAACUGGCUAACUUGUUUGAAGAGAUGACUACAAACGAUCUCCCGGUGGAUGACUCACAUCUUUCUUGAGUUAACUAUAUGUCAAGUGUUUUAUGUUUUUAAUGUUGUAAUAUGAACUUUUGUCUGGUUGGCUGACUUGCAUGGGUCUGGUGCCCCAUUUUCCCCUUAGUCUAAAUGUAGGUCAGCCAAAUUGGACUUAGACUUAGUAUUUUGGAAUGAUGUUUGUUGUAUGCGCUAUGUAUUUGUUGUAGUAACUGGUUUGGCUGACUUGUAUGGGUCUGGUACCCUAUUUUCCCCUUAGUCUAAAUGUAGGUCAGCUGAGUUAGAUUUAGACUUAGUAGUUCAGAAUGAUGUUUGGACUAUGUGGUUCGUUGUAUGCGUUGUGCUUCUACUUCAGUAGAAUAUUGUCUUGAAUUUAUUUUCGUUC